CUGACAGCGAUACCUGUAUUUUCAACACAGUGGAAGCCGGAGCUGCGAGGAACAACACAAACCUACUGCGAAUGAAGUCAGUCGAGGGUUUUUCUCUGGAUUAAUUCUGUUGUUUUCAUUCAUUUACUCACACACCUGUUGACCAUGGGACUCCUUCUGACAAAGAUGUUGGCUGUGUUCGGGGACAGAGAGCACAAAGUCAUCCUCGUGGGCUUGGACAAUGCAGGAAAGACAACCAUUCUCUACCAAUUUCUGACCAAGGAGGCCGUCCACACGUCGCCGACCAUUGGCAGCAACGUUGAGGAUAUCAGUGUGCGAAAUACUCACUUUUUGGUGUGGGAUAUCGGAGGCCAGGAGAGUCUUCGAGCGACCUGGUAUUCAUACUACUGCCACACAGAGAUUGUCAUUCUGGUUGUGGACAGCACAGACCGGGAGCGACUAAGUCUCACAAAAGAAGAACUGCAUCGAAUGCUUGCACAUGAGGACCUGAAGAAUGCGGCUGUUCUGGUUCUAGCCAACAAACAAGACGUCAAGGGUUCCAUGACGGCGGCUGAGAUAUCGCAGUGCCUCACACUCGAUGCCAUCACCACACACUCCUGGCAUGUUCAGGCCUGCUGUGCCUUAACGGGAGAAGGUCUACCUGCCAGUCUGGAUUGGAUGAGAUCACGGGUUGUGGCGAACUAAAACUAAUCCAGUGGAUCGCAUUUCCUUAAACUGAGCCAGCGUUCAGGCACUAUAGAGACCACAGGGCCAGGAUCUGACAGUGUUUUGGGCAACACAGGGUUGUUUGACAUGAAGAAUCUGAGGCCCAUCAGACUUUUUUUACACAGCGACAUGGAGACUGAGAUGAACAUGUUUGGACACUGGAUGGUGAUUUUUGUUUCAUUGAAGGACAUAAUCUGUCUGGCUGGUUGAAACUGUGAAAUCUGUUGACAAAUUCAGAUUAUCUCUGCUGAGAUUAUGAAUAUGCAUAGUUAUGACGCGGCAUAUGUGCAAUAUGUUUCCUGGAGUGACUCUGUUUACUCAAAUAGAGUUUUCCAGACCAGAAAUACCACACUGUAGGCUUUUUAUUGUUGAUUGUCAAAUGAAAUCAACAUCUUCACUUAAUUUAAUUGGAAAGUUGCGGUAGUUUGUAAGGAAAUUGCAGUAAAUGAACAACAGAUUAGUAAUAGCACACCUUGGGAAGACAUGAAAACUAAUUACAUUUUACGGGUAAAAAUGCUAGUCAUUUAGUCCUGAUCUUUGAUGGGUGAUUCUUAUCUUCAGUUGCUUUAUUCUUUAUUGUGUGUAAAUCCUGUGGUAUGAUAUUUAAGAUUAUAUUUUAUGCAAGUGAACAAGAUCUUUGACAUACCAAAGUAAACACCAAGUAAUUUCUUUUUUACAAACAAGCACUUAACUAUUUGCUAUUACUGUAUAUUACAGUAAUGUCCUCAAAAGGAAAAUAAGCUAGCUGCUAAAGACUCCAUGUUAUAUUUAAAAGGUUGUAUGAUGUACUUUUAAAUAAAUGUUUAUUGAGUACUGAAAGUGUG